UUAGUCCCUUUUACCUUCAUCUUAAAUAACAAACAUACACUUCUCAAUGUGUAAUAGUACUUGUCUUAACAUGCCAGCCAUGUCUCAAUCUUCUGGUCAUGAGGACUACUUCCUUUCUCGCAGAUGUAUAUGGGUGAAUGGACCUGUCAUUGUUGGGGCGGGUCCUUCGGGUCUGGCUGUGGCUGCUGGCCUUAAACCACAAGGUGUUCCAUUCAUUAUCCUUGAAAGAGCUAAAUGCAUUGCCUCUCUUUGGCAAAACCACACAUAUGAUCGCCUCAAGCUUCACCUCCCUAAACAAUUCUGUCAACUACCCAAUUUCCCGUUCCCGGAGGACUUCCCUGAGUACCCCUCCAAAUAUCAGUUCGUUGAUUAUCUUGAAUCCUAUGCAAAACACUUUGAUAUAACACCGCAUUUCAAUGAGAUUGUGGAAUCUGCCAAGUAUGAUGAGAUUUUUGGCUUUUGGAGAGUUAAAACUAUUUCAACAAGCAGUUGUGUUCCCACUGAAGUUGAGUAUAUUUGCCGGUGGCUUGUGGUAGCCACGGGAGAAAAUGCAGAGAAGGUGGUGCCAGAGUUUGAAGGUUUGCAACAGUUUGGUGGCAAUGUUAUGCAUGCCUGUGACUACAAAUCCGGUGAAAAUUAUCGUGGAAAGCGUGUACUUGUUGUAGGUUGUGGAAAUUCAGGCAUGGAAAUCUCUCUUGACCUUUGCAACCACAACGCAAGCCCAUCAAUGGUGGUUCGAAGUUCGGUUCAUGUCUUGCCAAGGGAAGUUUUUGGGAAAUCAACGUUUGAUUUGACAACAGAUAUGAUGAAAUGGCUACCACUUUGGCUGGUUGAUAAGAUGCUGCUAGUUAUUGCAUGGCUAAUUCUUGGAAAUCUAGAAAAAUAUGGGCUGAAAAGGCCAUGCAUAGGACCUUUACAGCUCAAGAACUCUCGAGGAAAGACACCAGUAUUGGAUAUUGGCGCACUAGACAAAAUAAGAUCUGGUAAAAUCAAGGUUGUCCCUGGAAUCAAGAGGUUCUCUAAUGGCGGAGUGGAACUCGUUAAUGGUGAAAAGCUUGAGAUCGAUUCUGUAAUUCUGGCAACUGGGUAUCGUAGCAAUGUCCCUUCAUGGCUGAGGGAUAAUGAAUUGUUUUCAGAAGAUGGAAUUUCCAAAAAGCCAUUCCCAAAUGGGUGGAAAGGAAAGGCUGGUCUUUAUGCUGUUGGGUUCACAAGAAGAGGUCUCUCUGGAGCAUCUGUAGAUGCCAUUAAUGUAGCAGCUGACAUUGGCAAGAGCUGAAAACAAGAAACCAAGCAAAAGAAGAAAACUAUUGCUGGUCACCAUUGGAGAUGCAUUUCACAUUUCUAAAGCCAAUAGAUUAUAGUACUAAUAAUAAUUUAAUUCUUUUUUAGCCUGUUCUAUUGAUUGUAUUCAGUGAUUGAUCAAAUUAGAAACGAGAUCAGUCUAGGUAGAAAUUUUUUUUUUUUUCAAGGAAAUAUUAUUAAUAAAACUAGGAAAAAUUUA